UUGUGGAUAACAGUCAGACAGAAAGUGCAGCAGUUCUUAAAUGCUGCUCGUAUUGGGAACCUUGAUCUUCUUAAGAACAUAGCAGCGCAGCUAGAUGAGGGGAAAGGAAUGUUGAAAACCGUGGCAGAUAUUAAGGACGCAAAUAAACGAGGGGCUCUUCAUUUUGCAGCAAGAGAGGGGAAGACUGAAGUCUGCAAAUACUUGUUGGAGGAACUGAGGCUAGAUGUCAACACCAAAGAUGAAGAAGGUGAAACUCCUGUUCUUCAUGCUGCCCGACAAGGACAUGCAGACACUGUCAAGUACCUUCUUGACCAUGGUGCCAAUCCUGCUAUACCCAGUGACUUAGGGGCCACUGCCUUGCAUCAUGCUGCAGGAAUAGGAAAUAUUGAGUUGCUGAAAGAAUUACUUUCUAGAGAUGUUGAGGUUGAUUCACAAAGUGAUGCUGGUACUCCUCUGAUCUGGGCUGCUGGUCAUGGCCAGCAAGAUGCAGUAAAAGUUCUACUAGAGCACCAUGCUAAUCCUAAUGCAGAAACUGAAGAUAAUAUCACUCCGCUAUUGUCAGCUGUGGCAGCUGGUUCUCUAGCAUGCUUGGACUUGUUGGUGAAGGCUGGUGGAAAUGUGAACGUUACUGCUGGUGGAGCAACUCCCUUACACAUUGCUGCCGAUAAUGGAAGUCCAGAAAUUAUAAACUGCUUAUUGAAAGCUGGAGCUGAUCCUAAUGUAAUAGAUGAGGAUGGUCAAAAGCCAAUACAGGUUGCAGCUGGAAGAGGCAAUCGUAAGGUUGUUGAGAUCCUUUUUCCCUUGACAUCAAAGGUUGAGACCAUUACAGAGUGGACAGUUGAUGGAAUUCUUGAAUAUAUGCAGUCUGAAACUGGCAAACAACAGGAAGGAAUCAGAAAUCUGAAGGAAGUCCAAUCCCAGGAAGCAACAGGACCCAAGAAGGAUCUUCCUGAGGUAUCACCUGAAGCAAAGAAGAAAGCUGUAGAAGCAAAAUCAAGAGGACAUGAGGCUUUCGAAAGAAAGGAUUACCAUAUGGCUAUAGACGCUUAUACUCAGGCUAUUGAUCUAGAUCCCACCGAUGCCACAUUUUUUUCAAAUAGAAGCCUUUGCUGGUUACGUCUUGGCCAAGCUGAGCGUGCAUUGGUUGAUGCAAAGGCGUGCAGAGAACUAAGACCAGAUUGGCCCAAAGCUUGCUAUCGGGAAGGUGCAGCUUUGCAGCUGUUGCAGAGGUUUGAUGAAGCAGCCAAUGCUUUCUAUGAGGGUGUGAAGCUUGACCCGGAAAAUAAGGAGCUUAUAAGUGCUUUUAGGGAAGCUGUUGAAGCUGGGAGGAAGUUUCAUGGCACAGAUAAGGAGAAAUCGUAGUUUCCGCCAUGUUUGAGAGAGAGAGAGAGAUAGAGAGAGAAUGAAAUAGCGAAAAGAAGACUGGAAAAUUUUGUUUGAUCUUAUUUUCUUUUCCAUUUCUUGUGAGAAACUGUAAGCUUAUCUCAGUGCUAUUGGGUUCCUGUAAUUUAUCCAA